AUGUGGCGAAACUUCGGUCGGACGGCCAUUCUGGCCACGUGGACGAUCUUCUUGAUUUUGAACAGCGGCUUGGGCGGCGAACGAAUCUUCAAUAAUCUGCGGAUCAGCGAUGAACGCACUUCUUACAAAAUUCAAAGAACGAUGUCCCCCGCUUUUGACGGGAAAACUACCGAUCGCUUCGCGUUGCAACGCAUAAAGGAGGGCUUCAAAUCGAAUGAUCGUUCGUCAAUGCGUGCGAAAGCAGUUUCUCCGAAAUGCAAAAAUACGGAAAAUUCCAAUUUACGUCUGAGUGACUGUGAAAAGAGCAACGCGGUGAUGUCAAAUGCAGUGACUGCACCGAAGCACUUCAAAGAUAGUGACGGUAAAAAUGUCCGGUCGACUACCGAAGAAACGGCAACGAAAAAAGCGCGACUGUCAAAACUCAUUGCCGUGAAAAAGUUGCGGAACACAAGAAAUUAUCGCAAGUUCGGAUCGAAUGCAGCCGUAUCGUAUUCUCCGAAAUUAAAAGAAGCCGAAAUGAGACAUAAAAAAAUAACUACCCACGUGUUCUCGAGCAAACGGAAAAGAGCGAUAAGACGCGAUGUUCGCAAGAAGUUCGACGGAAAGAAGAAGAUCGAGUGGUGGAAGAGGCGCGAGAAGCGACGAAUCGACAAUAAAUACGGACCGAUCGCAUUUCGUUUCCCCGACGAAUUCCCGAGGCGUUCGCCAAGCGAAAAUAACGAUCCGGACGUACGCAAAAAUCUCGAUAGUUCGAAGAAGCAAUUCGAAACUAUGGAAAAUACCGAAUUUAGGAAAGUUAACGCGAUGCGCGAACGUAAUAAGAACGAAGGAGUUUCUCAAAGUUUCGAGUCGAUGAGAAACGGCGCAAAUAAUAAAUUGACGUACGCGAAAAACGAGUCUAAAACGUUGAAGAUAACACUGCCGAGUCGUUCGAGUUUAAAAGGAGAUCAGAAUCGUGAGAAUGUGGAAGCUAUUAUGAGCGUCACCGAUAGCGCAAUCGCCGAGGAUUCAACUUACGAUCGUUCUGCAAACGUCGCCUGGACUACGUUAAUCGCCGACUUCGAAAUCUCAAAUGCAAACGGCGAAGUCGUUGACGACGAGAACGCGAUAAGUUCGUAUCACUUUUCGAAAGACGAAGAUCCGAGAUCCUAUAAACCUUUGAACGAGUUUCAAACGAUCAUUGCGUACAAACUUCGCGGAGGAUAUUCGAAAUCGGGAUUUAAAGUAAAAUACUCAGACGUACGCGGGAACAGAAAAGAAAAUGAGAAUAACGUCAAUUCGAUUGCUAUUCGCGUAGAAAAUCCGCGCGGCAUUCGUCUAACUGGCACGGGAAUCAGAUUUGCGGAACGUUCUCGUACGCGGGAAGACGCGUUGGCGCGCGAUACGUCUGUCGGUUCGCGACGCGCAUACGUUUCGUCGAACAAUAUCCGCGGCGAGGCAAAAACAAAUAGCGAGACAGAGAAUCUUAGCGGAUCACGACCGAGAAGAAGAGACGCGGAGAAGAUGAUUACCGAUGUGGAUUACGCAACGCGCGAUAGACCACCUCGCGCCGAUGAACGUGAUCCAUUAUCUAGUUUAUCCACCGGGAAAAUCAACGAGACAAAGUUAGAUACGUAUACGGAACGUAUUUCAGUCACGCGGGAUAAGAAUCCGAUGCACGUACAACACGUCGAACUCGACGCUGACUGCGAGCGCUCGCGGACAACCGACUUCGAGGCCGAAGUUCGUGGCGUGCUUCGAACGAGCCUCAGGAAUGUUUCUGGUCUAUCGAGCAUGUCAAAAUUCGGGAUAGAUCUCUCGGCGCGAAAGAAUCAUAAUCGCGUGAAAUAUUCCGCGAAUUUCGAUCCGAUCGAUAUUACCGAGCCCACCCGUCGCGCGACCGCGACGAGAAGCGAUGAAAAAUCGAGACUCGACGAGGAGGACGAAUCCGCGAAAACUUCGAUCGUAAGCAAAUUCGCUUCUUCCGAUGUAACAAACGUCAGCGAUGAUUUAGGAGGAGUGCGGAAGAAGAUUAAUGAGUUCAAGCAAUUCGCAAACACAUUUACAACGAACACGUUCAAAUUAGAAAACGUCAGAGACAAAUCGACGAGUCGACGAGGAAAUCAUCGUGGCGUGCGUGAGGGAUCUAAAAUUUAUUCGCCAAACGGCGGUGUCGAACACGUGGCGAUCGAGUCCGUUGAUUGA